AUGCUCGCCCUUGUCCAUCCUUUCAACCCUUCGCCAGAUACUCCUCACAGAAAUACGACGUCUAGCCGUAACCGGACCCCGCAUCAUAGGAAACCGACUCCACAUUCCGCUAGGGAAACAUCCUCAUCGUUCCCUACCACAAGUUUACAUUCUUCUUCGAUGUUCUCCGCACCGAAGUCGGUAACCACGAAUAGGUUAUCAUCGUCUACACAGCCAUUUGUUCACCGUCAGCCAGCCACUUCACAUUCGGAGAUUGCUUCUGCUACGAGUCCAGAGCACCUACAGCCACCACCUACGGCUGAUCCGAGGGAGAUUGAGACUCCUGCAGCGCAGACCUCAUUUGACAUUCAUUCUUAUCCCCCUCAUGACCUCCUAAGGCUGUUGGCCUCAUUGCUGACCCAAAUAGCUUCCACCAACGACAAACUUGAUGCCGCAUCUUCAUCUUCCACUUUGUCGUCUUCCUCAUCAACAUCAUCUGAACUUCACAAUGUCGUGUGGCGCUCGUUGACUACAGCAUCACGAUCCGCGCUGUCAACCCCCUCUUCUACACUCACUUUUCAUGCAAGGAACAUUCCCACUAUAUCACUAGAAUCGUAUCUAUUACGAAUCCUCAAAUAUUGCCCGACAACUAAUGAGGUCUUCCUUUCACUGCUGGUCUAUUUUGACCGCAUGACCAAGUUGACAUCCGAGGCAACAGGAAGAAGCUUUGUCAUCGACUCCUACAAUAUUCAUCGACUUGUCAUUGCUGGAGUCACUGUGGCAAGCAAAUUCUUCAGUGAUGUGUUUUACACAAACUCACGAUACGCAAAAGUUGGAGGUCUUCCACUGGCUGAAUUAAAUCAGCUCGAACUGCAAUUCCUCCUUCUCAAUAACUUCAAUCUCGUAAUUCCCAAGGAUGAAAUGCAGAGAUACGCCGAACAAUUAAUCCUGUUUUCCUCCAACAAAUCUCCCUCUCUAGGUGUCUCUUCCUCCUCCUCUUCGAUUACACCUAGACCGACUGCCACAUCAGCUACUGCACCCCCUCAAUCCAAUGAUAUGGUCCCAAUGCAUUGCAUGGGUGCCAUUGAUGCGUACGGUGGGCCCAUUCCUGGUGGAGAAUCACCGGCCUCCUCAUCGCUUCCUCCUUCCACGAACCUCCCAUUUUCGCAAAGUGGUACAUCGAUGACAAGGCAAGGUGCUCGUCCGGGAGUUGAAUCCAACGCACUGUCGAGGAUUAUCAAUCCUAGUCAACACCAGCCUCAUCAUGCUUUGAAUGGAUUAGUGAAUGGAAAUGGGUUUUCGUCGUCUUUGAGGAUGCAACACCAAGAAGACUCAGAAUUCGAAGGCGCUGAAACGGAGACGGAAACUGAAACUGAAGCAGAAACGGAAACGGAUGGAGGUUGGACCACUGACGAUGAGCCAACCAUCAGACCUCCAAAAUCGAGUGCUGGCAGUUCGUCAUCGUCGUCACGCAGCUCUAGUGCAUCGGACGCUCUUAGCAUUUGCAGCUCCGUGAGCGAAAACGAUAGUGUUGAAGGAGAUGAUGAGCGUGAGGAUCAUGUCAUGUCCGACAUUGAUGACGAUGAAGAGGGAGGAAGAACACCCGAACAUAGUGCUCAAGCCGAGACAUCUAAAGACGGUGAAAAGACGCCCGAAAGGAAGCCCUUUCAAAGUCUUUUGGGUAUGUCGAAAAUCACGCCACCUGGACGACGAGAGCACGAGGCCACAGAUAGUCCCUGA